UAGACGACGAAAGUAGUGUCUCCAUGUGUUGCAAUGCGUCGAUACAGCUCAUAAAAACGCUCUCGACCGCGUUUGGAUAAAGCGAGGCCCCCCACAACUUGUUUUGGGAGCGGCGAAGAGCCCCUCGUUUCUACCAGCGAGCAGAGAGUAGAGAUGGGCGGGAGAACACGCGAGGACGACGAUGCCGCGGUUCCUGGGAAUCUGCUUGAUUUGAGUCUUCUGUCUGAGUAAAUGUUUUUUUUGAAUGUCACAGUUUUGACAUCAUGUAUUUGAGGGGGAUUUUUGGAGUUGCUUGAGGGCACGCUGGACAUUUCUUCCUCCCCCUCCUUCUCCUCCUCCUCUUUUUGCUCUUUAUUGGGGUUCUCCGCUCAAACGUCGCUCAGUUUUUGGCGUCUGGUGGUGCCUCUGCGCGAUCCUGAUUAUAACUACACUACUGCGAAAUACAACCAGGAUGUAAGCAAAAGCGUUGAUGUGGGAAGGAACUUUGGAAACGCAUCCUCAUCCAAACACGGAGCCCUGUUGGUCCCUCCCGCCUAAGCUGGAGAUAGGGAUGGUGUGGCAGGACCCCAGUGGGUUCGGAAAUGCACCAUGUUUGUGAGAACGAUGAGCCUGGCAGACGUGUCCGGUUUCUUGCCCAGGGGAGAGCAGCUAGCAAUAAAGGCUCGAAGCACUGAUAAUCUGGACAGUUCUGGGGAGUCUGGGACCCGAUCGGUGGGAACCACAGCCAACUUGAAGGGGAAGAUGAGUAAAAGGCUUUCUGUUGUGAAAGGUCACUUCCCCAAGCUUGUUGACUGUGCCCACUUUCACUAUGAAAAUGUGGGCUUCGGUUCUAUCGAGCUUCAGUUUGCCAAUGAACAGAGCGAUGCCAGCUGGACCUCGGGCAGUGCCAAAGAUCUGGUUUUCCUCGUGCAGGUGUCCUGCCAGGGUAAGACGUGGAUGGUGCGGCGUACAUACGAAGAGUUCCGGACACUGGACGCCCACCUACAUCAGUGUAUUUACGACCGCCGUUACUCGCAGCUUUUGGCCCUUCCUGCCCUAUGCGAGAUUGGAGACCGGCUGGAGAUCUUCACACCACUGCUGUCGGAAUAUCUGAACCGUCUCUCCAUGAUCGUGGACAAUAAGCUGAACUGUGGGCCAGUUCUCACCUGGAUGGAGAUUGACAACCAUGGCAACAGGUUCUUGCUGAAAGAAGAAGCAUCUUUAAACGUCCCUGCCAUCGCUGCUGCUCACGUCAUCAAGCGAUAUACUGCUCAGGCUAGCGAUGAGAUCUCUAUUGAGGUUGGUGAUAUUUUGUCAGUGAUUGACAUGCCACCCAAAGAGGACACCACAUGGUGGAGAGGAAAGCAUGGAUUCCAGGUUGGCUUCUUUCCCAGUGAAUGUGUGAAGUUAAUCAAUGAGAAGUUGCCACAGUCGGUCAGCGCUCCUGUCAGUAAGCAAGAGGUGGAUGCUUUAGGCUCCAAACCUGGCGUUAACAACACGACUGAGCCUUCCUCUCCAACGUCAGUUCUUCAUCCUUGGUUCUUAAGCCUGGCUGUGUCUAAGAAACACGGCAAGCUGAUGGGCUUCCUGCGCACCUUUAUGAAGUCCAGACCCACCAAACAAAAGCUAAAACAGAGGGGAAUCCUAAAAGAACGGGUGUUCGGCUGUGACCUUGGCGAGCAUCUCCUCAAUUCUGGCCAAGACGUGCCGCAGGUACUAAAGAGCUGCUCAGAGUUCAUAGAGAAGCAUGGUGUGGUCGAUGGCAUCUACAGACACUCUGGUGUGUCCUCCAACAUACAGAAACUCAGGCAUGAGUUUGACAGUGAAAAUGUUCCAGACCUGACGAAAGAUGUGUACAUGCAGGAUAUUCACUGCGUCGGCUCGCUGUGCAAGCUCUACUUUAGAGAGCUGCCCAAUCCUCUGCUCACGUACCAACUCUAUGACAAGUUUGCUGAAUGCAUGGGAGAGAUGACGGAGGAAGAGAGAAUGGUGAAAGUACAUGAUGUUAUCCAGCAACUUCCUCCUCCUCACUACCGCACUUUGGAGUACCUCAUCAAACACCUGGCUCAUUUGGCCACCUGCAGUGGAGAGACGAACAUGCACAUUAAGAAUCUGGCCAUUGUCUGGGCCCCCAACCUGCUCCGAUCCAAAGAAAUUGAAGCAGUGGGCUUAAGCGGUGCUGAUCCAUUUAAAGAAGUGCGCAUCCAGUCCGUGGUCGUGGAGUUUCUGCUCAGCAAUGUGGAAGUACUGUUCAGUGACUCCUUCACUUCUGUUGGCCGUUUUAGUGCAGCACGACAGUCUCUGACCAGACCCAAGUCAUUUGUGUCCACCAGGCUUCUGUCUUUAGAGGAGGCGCAGGCUCGCACACAAGCUCCGCUUCUCCUUCAAGGGUCUCCUCACCACGCUAUCAGCCAGUUUCACACUGUACUGGACCUGCCUGCCGACAAAAGGAAAAGAGGGAUGAAGGUCCGGAAGUCGGCAGGUGGGAGCUGGAAGACGUUUUUUGCCAUAGGGAAACCUACAGCGGCAGGGCAACGCAAACCCACCAGGAUCACCUCUUUGUUCCAGCCUGCUACCUCCCAUGCAGGUUGCAGGGUGGACAGUGUGACACUCAGGUCAGCGAAGAGUGAAGAGUCCUUGUCAUCUCAACACAGUGGAGCAGGUCAGGGAAAGAUACAACGCUUACGAAGGCCGCGCUCCAGCAGUGAUGGUCUCUCGCUGGCUACAUCUGUUGAUCCGCAGCUCCUUCCCCAGCGCUCCCCAUCUAGAAUCCAUUCAAGCCGCUCUUAUGACAGCCUGCUGCCUGAAGAAACCCGUGAUGCUGAUGAGGAGGAAAAUGAAGAUGAAGAGGAUGAGGAGGGCGUGUACAUGUUGCCUGAUUUUUCCCAGGAACCAUCUGCCUCAUGGAUGGCAGAAGAUGUCAUUGAUUUUAGCCCCACCUUCCUGGAAGAUGGGCCAAUAGGGUUGGGGAGCGCUGCUGUCGAUCCUAGCGGCAGGGAGUCUCCUCCUGCAGCCGCACCCCCUCCCUACCGCUGUCUGAGCCAUCUAGCCCACACCCGGACUGGUAGCCAGCGCUCAAUAACAGAAGAUCCAGACUCCGUUCUCAAUCAGUCAGAGGCUGCAGCCCGUCAUAGUUUGAUCCUGGCUGCAGCAGCUCCACCUCAGCAAGUGUUCUGUCAGCACAGGCCAUCUGCAGUCACUAAUGCUCCCACAAGCACAGCUCAGCAGGGCGAAUCGAACCUAAGCCCUUCCCAUAGCCAGACGCCAGCUCCAGCAACCUCUGCGCCCCCAUCUCAGCCCCCUCAAGAGAGGCGUUCCUUUACACGUAAAGUGGUUCAUGCACUUUCACCUAAAGCACCUAAAUCCCCCCCUAUGGACAUCUCUGAUCCGAUCGCCAUCAGUGUACCUGCCAAGGUUCUGGAAAUGAUUGGUGGACGAGCUGGAGAAUUGCAACCUGGACUUCCAAAUAGUGGACCACCUCAGCCACCCCAGAUGAUAUCUAUGCUACUGAGAUCAUGUGAUUUUCAGCUCACGGAGAGCUGCCAGCAAGAGCUCAACAGUAAGUUGGGCCCUGUCACCAAAAUCAAGGGUCCUACUAUCUUGGGUCCCACUGGUGUUCCCCUUCCAUCACAGCAGCCCCCUCCUCCUCCCCCCAAGAACCCUGCACGCCUCAUGGCUCUAGCUCUUGCUGAAAGUGCCAACAAGGCACUGCGGCAAGGUGCCUCACCCCCAUACCGCCCCCGUCAAAGUGGAACCUCCCCUGAGACAGACGUCCGCUUCCAGAGGUCCCUUUCUGCACAUGCAGGUACUCUGCUAUCUUCUGAUCCUAAUCAGAUUUAUUCCACGGUACGCCCCUUGUCUGUGUGGAAGACUGAGGGUGAUGAUGAUGAUAAUGAUGAUGAGGGUGGAACUGUUGCUGAAAAGCCUGCAGACAAAUCACAUGGUACAGAGUCAAGGUCACCACCUGGGCGAGACACUGGGACACUCUCUUCUGACAGCUCAGUCUCUGACUCUGGGACAUCCAAUUCUGAGUUGUCAGCUGCCAGUUCCUCUGAAGACAAUGAGCGAACACCAAGCCCCAUUUACAGAAAUGAAGAACCAACCACUCUGGCACAGCCCUCAAAAUCCAGCCCACCCUCUUCCAGUGAAACCAUCCCUUCUCAAAGAAAACCCCCAGCUUAUGGAAGACAGUUUUCUGCUCCACAGCUUCAGCAGGAGAAAUCCAGCGGCCAGUCCAAGCCCCCAGCCCAACCACACACUCAGCUUCUGCAUUCUAAAUCAGAGAGCUCUCCACUGGCCCAGGUACGAGCCUUCCAGCCCACUCGCCCUAAAGUGCCACCCAAGCCGCCUGAUCUUGCUCCCUUGAGGGCUCCACUCUCUCAGACUGAUCGGCAUGAUGACAUGCGUCGCUCCUUGGAUCCCACUCGCAUUCGACGAUUGGCGGGGACUCCACAAGGGAACACACCACUCUCCAGAGCGUUCUCUGAGCGUAUCAGCAGUACCUCUGACAUGCUGUCUCACUAUCAUGCAGCCAGGAUGGCCAGCCAAGCUGCUCAGGUUGCACACCUUCCCAUACAACAGCAACAGGCCCAGUCCACAUUCGUCAGACCGGUUGUCCCCUCCUCUGAAGACCCUUCCAAGAUGGAGAACUUCUACUACGAAAUAGGUGCAUCUGAGCAUCCACCCAGCUAUGCACGCCACAGCUAUCAAAAUAUGAAGUUAGAUCUGGAGGGAAACCUCCGUCUCACUGAUCCAGCCAAUCAAAGGCCUAUUUCCAGAGGUUACCCCCCUCCCUACAACCACCAAGGACCUGGGGCUGGAAGGGCUCCCCAGCUUUGGUCGUCUGAGGCUACACGAGUUUGGGCCGCAGCACACUCUCACUCUUUCUCCUUUUCCCAUUCUCAUUCUCACCAUCGCUCUCAGGAUGGAUCAUCAGGACAUCCUCCCCAACCCCGUCCUCAGCGUCAGACAUCGUCAUCUGUCAGGGUGCCCCGCAGUGAAGUGUAUCCCAUACACCCAUCCGUUGGAGUGGGCUCCGCUGCUGGCAUGGUGCCUCUGUCUGUGCACCAACGUAGCUUGCAUCGCCCCCAGCGUUCCCCUUCUGCAGACCAUGCAGCCUCCCAGCUUCACCCCUACUUUGAAAAUGGGAAGGUGUGUUACCGGUACUUUGAGGCUUCCAGACCGGAAGAUUUGCCACUGAAUCAGCAUGCUGUAUUAAACCCAUCUCAGGCCUCACCAGUGGAAGGAAUCUCAAAAGAUCAGCCUGAACACAUUUAUGUCAACUACCCUUUCACAAACCCACCAGCACCUGGUGUUAAUUCAAAGGGCUGGGCCACCACAGACCUCGACGAAAAUGAUCACCAAACAUCUGAGACACUGGAACCACCUUCCAAGUCACCACCGGAUGACAAACAGAAGCAUUCAGAGCAAGAAAGUCACACGGCUGUUUUCGAGAACCCUAACCAGAAUGAUGUGUCCUCAGAUUCCAAAGUGAUCAAUAUAGCAGCGAGUGCAUCCAAUGCCAUGCAUUUCCGCAGUCGCUCAGAUCCCCAAAGUACUAGCUCAGAGCCUGCUCAUGUCAUGAGUGGGAAGGAAAUUGCCUCCUUGCUAAUUGAAAAGCUUGCAGAGGAUGAAAGGGAGGGUCCUUCUGUGCCAUCCUCUUCAUCCACUUCUCCGCAUAUUGAGCACCCUCCAAAUCCCUAUCCUAGUCAGCAGCAGCAACAAACUCCACCUGCAUAUAAUAUCUACACUCCAGGACCCUCUCGAGGGCGCUUUGAAGGUCAGGUGCUACCUAGAGAGGGAUCAGGACCUUUCCAACGUCAAGACCCCUUGCGGAGAUCUUCCGGAGGCCAGUACAGACAAGCUUUUGAUGUCAUGCCAUCUGGCAACCAAGUCCUUAAGUUUUACAGAAGCCAAGACUUUAUCCCAAGCGCCCAGGGAGAAAGCACAACUGCUAACCCUUAUCCCCCAAGACCAUAUUAUCAGGACCCCCCAUACCCCAAUUGGGGCCCUCAAGGCCUCCCAGACUCUUCCCACACAUGCACUCCACCUACAGUGGCCUUCUCAAACUUAGCGCUUGGAUCGACAAGAGUAUAUGGGCCUCAGACAGUGGCCAAUCAGUUUAACCAGUACCCAUACCAGUCAGGGCCAGUGCUUCCCCAGUAUCCCAACACACCGCGACGAGAUGUUGUCAUGGAUCCUUCUCUUCGACCUCCAGGGUUGCGGAACCAGAGAGGCUUAAACCGGCAGGGUAGCCUGCCGGGCCCCAACUGGACCAUCCAAACUGAGGGCCAGACCCGUAGUUACUGCUAAAGAGCACAACUGCCACAAAAAUCCUGUGUGUUUAGAGGAUAUGAUGUAGACCGGUUAUAAGCACUAGACUUUUGUUUCCUGUACAAGUUAACAUGUUGUGAAACUAAUUGUGUUAACCUCCUCAAAGGGAGACCGAAUAUACAGAAACAAAGUUAAA